CGAAACCACAGAGGCACAGAUUAUGCGAUAUUGACAAUCUGACAUGUAAAAUGUUAAAUUGUAAAAAAACAAUAUGGCUGCUAAAGUAACCAUGUUGGUGAUAAAAGUGAUUUUCGUGAAUUGUGGUUUAUAGUGAGAUUUUAAGAUUGUUUUAAAUAGAUCCUAGUUAUAAUAAUAUAUUUAUUAUUUAAUGUCAGUAGAAAUUGCUACUUAUUUAGUGAAUUUAUUCGUAAAAAAAGUGAACGCGUCACCGGUGGUGAUUUUGUGGUGAAACCUGGCCAUCACCAGUGCAGCCAAGCCGUAAGCACAGGUAUUAAGCGGUAAGAUGUCGUUCCCGCCCCGGCCGCCGCUGGUGCCAUACGGGAUAGCGCCGGGAGUCGUCACAAUGCAGAUGCCCACACAUGUGAUGGUCGGAGCUUACAGUGCGAGCAAUGCGGGCAGCGGGCGAGGAGCUCUGCUGCCCGCGCCCCCUCCCGGCAAAGCUGUCAUCUCUCGCGGGCCGACCCGCAAUGCUAACGGUGCUAAGGAUCCUGAGGGACCUGCCGUUACAGUCUUCAUAGGUAACAUAUCUUCCCGAGCGCCGGACGCCAUGAUUCGCUCCCUACUGGGCGCUUGUGGCCCCGUGCUCAGUUGGAAACGUGUGUCCACAUUUGGAUUCAGUGAGUUCGCCAGUCCGGAGGCCGCGCUACGCUGCGUGCGCCUACUGAACAGUAGGCCCGUUGCUGACAAGCAGCUGCUUGCCAAGACAGACGGCAAGAUGCAGGCGUUGGUUGAUACAUAUAAAACUGAACAGCGAUCUAGGCUAGGGCAGGAGGAGGGCGCUCCCGGUACAGAGGGCGAAGCCUCCUACCUAGACGCCCGGCAGAGGGCACUAGACGAAGCUGCCGAGCGACGUCUACAACAGAUCAUGCGAGAUUACCAGGACGAUAUUAAUAAUUACGAGCUGCUACAGAAGGAGGAAGCGAUCUCCAAAACGGCGCGCGUGCUCGAGGAAGCUGACAUAUCUGAGGAGAAGCGCGAUGUGAUCCAUCGCGAGAUUGGCAAGUUCCGCGAGAGUAUGAAGGAGGAGGCCGACGUCGUCGUGCGCCGCAAGCGGGACAACAAGGACGAGCCCGACAGGCCGCGCGAGCGGGACGAGCGCCGCGAGCGGGACGACCGCCGCGACCGACCCGCCGACCGGGAACGGGAACGGGAUAAGGAUCGCGAGCGGGAUCGGGAACGCGACCGGGACAAGGAGAGAGAUAGAGAUGCCAGAGAUAAAGAUCGUCGCCGUCGGAGUACUUCGAGGGGUAAAGACCGACGCGAAGAUCGUGACAAGGAGAGGGAAAGGGAACGCGAGGAGAGGGAGCGAGACAGAGAACGGGAACGAGAGCGAGAAAGAGAAAGGGAGAGGGAGCAGCGCGAGCGUGAACGAGAAAGGGAGAUACGCGAGCGAGAGAGGGAAAGAGAAAGGGAACGUGAACGUGAACGCGAGCGAGAACGCGAACGCGACAGAGAACGCGAGAGGUCUCGCGAGCGAUCGCGCGGCCGGAGCCGUAGCGAGGCGGACGCCAGGAAGGACAAGGAGCAGGAGGACGAAGCGAGGGAAAAGAAGCGACUCGAGAAGAAGGCCAGGGAGAAGGAGGCUGCUUACCAGGAGAGGUUGCGUAAUUGGGAGAGUCGUGAACGGCGGAAGGCAAAGGAGUAUGAAAAGGAACGCGAGAGGGAACGGUGUCGUGAGGAGGAGAGGGAGAAAGAGGCCAAAAGGUUGAAGGAGUUCUUGGAGGACUAUGACGAUGAGAGGGACGACCACAAGUACUACAAGGGGAAGGAGCUGCAGCGCCGUCUGGGCGUGCGCGUGCGCGAGGCGGAGGGCGACGCGCGCGAGCGCACGCGCGAGGCCGACGAGCUCGAGGAGCUGCGCGCGCGCGUCUGGGGGGCACGCGCGCCCGACGACCCCGCCGCGCGCGCCGCCUUCGACCGCGCGCGCGCCGCGCUCGACGCGCAGUACCGCCCGCGUCUGCUCAUCGACGUCAGUCUGCAGCACGACCAGCAGCGCGCGCAGGAACUGCAGCGCGCCGAGCAACGGGAGGAGGCGCGCAGGGAGGCCCGGCUGCGCGCGGCCCGCGAGCGCGAGCGCUACCUGCGGCUGGCGGCGGUGCGCGAGUUGCCUUGCGAGGCGUCGCCCAUCGAGUCGGACAGCUCGGGCGCGGCGUCGGGCGGCGCGGACGCGGGCGCGGACCCCGCCGAGCCCGCCUCGCCGCCCGCCUCGCCGCCGCGCACGCCGCCCCGCCUGCACCGCCACCACCGCAGGGCUUCGCCCCCGAGCUCCGACGCCGGCACCACGCCGCCGCAGCCCCCCACCCCGCCGCACCACACUGUGACGUCAACGGGUAGUUCACCUAUCACAAUCAGUUUCAAGAACCACCAUAAGUUGAGCCCCUCAGCUAAUGACACGCCCAACGAGUCAGGUCGCGUAAGACGCGUGCAUGCAGCGUUUGCAGGCGACGACGACGAGCCCACAGGCGGGUCGCAUGGAGGGCCCCACGGUGGCCACCCCCCUCCACACGGGGGGUCGCAUCCCCCUUCACAUGGUACCCCUACGAGUGGGUCGCACACACACGACCAACCUCGACCUAAAGAAAAGAAAGACAAAUCAAAGAAAGCCAGCGGCGGCGGCGCUAAUGCCGAGGCGGCGGCCGGGGACAAAGAGAAUCGCAGCGCUGAAGAGAAACGGAAACACAUCAAAAGUCUCAUCGACAAGAUACCCACACAGAAGGAUCAGCUAUUCCAAUACAAACUUGAUACUGCACAGAUUGACAAUGUAUUAAUGGAAAAGAAAAUUCGGCCGUGGAUAAAUAAGAAAAUAAUCGAGUACAUUGGUGAGCCGGAGCCAACCCUCGUUGACUUCAUCUGCAGUAAGGUGGUCGCUGGGUCCGCGCCGCAAGGGAUACUCGACGAUGUACAGAUGGUGUUAGACGAAGAGGCGGAGGUCUUCGUGGUGAAGAUGUGGCGGCUGCUCAUCUACGAGUUGGAGGCCAAGCGGGCCGGCCUGCACAAGUGAGCCUGCAUGGGCCUGCACGGGCCUGCUCGGGCCUGCACCGGCCUGCACGGACGGACGCAUAGCGAUAACAAUAUGUACCUCCUAGUCUAGCGAUUAAAUAAAUUACAAUAUUAUUAUCUACUUGAGUUUUAUUUUG